AUGCAAGGCUCCAAUAGCUCCUCUGCCCGAGUGCCCGUGGCGAGGAGGUCCCACAGGAAGAGCAAGACCGGAUGCCAGACCUGUCGUAACCGCAAGGUGAAGUGCGACGAAAGACGGCCACUAUGCCGGAACUGUGAGAAGCACUUCAUUGGCCUUAUCAGCUGCGACUUCGACGAUCAGGCUCCUGUCCUUGCCCAAGACGCACCAGCAGGAACGAACCAAGUUGGUAGAGCAGCUGAACCACUCCAAUUGCCUACAAUGGUAUCAGCUUCAUCAUACGAUGCACUCUUAAGACGACCACAAAGCGAGGUACCAUCAACAACCUUUGACAAACUGGCAGCGUACUACUUGAACAGCUUCGCCUAUCGUUCCUUCCCAUUCUACGCCAGUAAAGAUUUGAUUGAUGUCUGGUGGCCCUUCGUUCAGGCAGAUGAUCUCCUUUUCCAUGUGGUCAUGUUGCUGAGUAGCAUUGACCUGGCACGAACAUCAAACAUUACUGACACCACGAGUGAAGCUCAAUUAUUUGGCCAGAGCGUCUCGAUCCUACGCAGUCGACUUGCUGAACCCACAGCAAGCAACUCUAUCUCGGAUGCGACUAUCGCUGCAGUGGCACUCCUGGCCGCCUUGGAGCACCAUCGAGACAACAUUCGAGCUCUGCAGAUGCACAUAUCGGCGCUGAAGCACAUCGUCGAUCAGCGCGGAGGCCUUUCGGCUGUCAAGGCUGAGAAUCCAAUGGUCGCGAAUGUGCUCUUCUGGUGUGCGCUGGUUGCCAUAAAUGAGCCAGCACUACUGCCGCUCACAUACGAGGACGCCUUGGAGAUGAUCGACCAACCGCAAGAUGCAGACGAUGCUUCUCUACUGACACAUGAUGGUGGGGAGGCCAACUUGUUCGAUCUUGGACUGGAUCCGCAGACCGCGUUCGUACUACACGAUGUCCAACGUCUGUCAAGGCUGUACACCGCCACGCUCAGUUACGGCAGUCCCGACGAAGCCAUGGACGUUCUCAGUCAGCUCUGCAUAAUCCUUCAACGUUUGCUAACGUUGAGCAAACUUUCCGAUGACGUGACUGGAACGCCAGGCCUCUCGCAGAGCUGCCGUCUUGCUGGUGUCCUUCACGUCUUCACACCACUGUCUGGCUACUUCCCCGACCCGACCAUGAUGCUUCAUGCCCUCGUUCGCGACAUCAAAAGCUCUCUCACAAAGAUGAUUGGCGCAACGGGUACUCAUAGCCAUCUGUUGCUCUGGCUUCUAGGAGUCGCGGGUAUCACGGCUCACUCAAUGCCUGAACGGGCCUGGUUUGUUGGACAUCUGGUGGUUGUGGUGCAAGACCUCGAGAUCAAGAGCUGGCAAGUGUUCAGGUCAAACUUGGUGAAGUUGGCUUUUCACGACAAUUUCUGCGAUGUCAGCUUUCAAGCAUUGUGGGACGAGGUACGACAGAAGCAAGACGCGUUGGAUGUCUAUAGCUGA